AUGCCGCUUCGACCGACCAUUGCGAGAUUUAUCGACAGCCAGACGUCGUUGCCGCUAAACGCGACCGAGCUGCAAGGACCGUCGCGCCGUCUGCUCAAGGCGCGCCAUCAUGACAUUGACAAAAUGGACAUACAGACCAAGUCGCUGACUGCGACACUGCAGUCCAAAGCCAUUAAAUUUACUGUGUACAAGGUGCAGAUCUGUAGUACCGCCCGCUUUGCCAAUAGCGUCAAGUGGACGAUCGUCAAGCGCUACUCGGAGUUCUUCAGCUUUCGUCACACUCUGCUCAAGCACAUGGAGAAAUGGGACCGGCAGUUUUGCGACGACGCGAGGCGGCUACUAUGCAAGGAGCUGACGCUCGCGAAAGCGCUGUUGCUGCCGGCGCUGCAGAUUCCGGAAUUUCCUCGCAAACACCUGCGGUGCGACACCGAUAUCAUUGUCAGGGAACGGCGGAAGAAGCUGCAGCAGUUUGUGCGCGAGAUGCUGGACGCGUACGCUGACAUUUCAGUGUUUAUCUACGACACCCAAUUGCGAAACACACGCACCGUCUCUAGUCUUAGCGAAGCUCUUCAUAUGCUCGAGGAAUUUCUACAGUUUCCGCCGCAGCAAAAAGAGGUGAACCGUUGUCAAACUGCUGCUGUCUUGGCGCUGGAAGACGUCGGACCUGAAGACAUUGCAAGCUCGAUCGCGACGGACCACUCGUGCUGCAUUUGCCUGCGCGAGUACGACUGUAAAGAAGAAGCGUAUGGGACUAGUGUAGAUAGUAUGGUAAAGCUUCCUUGCUCGCACCAUUUCCACGAAGACUGUAUCAUCCACUGGUUCAACACUAGCACCACGUGCCCUUUGUGCCGAAAACUUGCAUUCGCAGAAGUGCAGCGGUCGUUCGCAGUGCGGAUCGAGUGA